CGCGCUGAUGAGCACACAGCGCUUCUGAGCGAGCGGUGCCGGGCGGACGCCGCUCGCUGCGCUUCUCUGGGGAUCACAACCGCGCCUGGGCGCGGGGCCGCGCGGCGGCAGGGGCAGCGCGCCUGGGGAUGGGCCCCGCACCGCCUCCCCGGCCGCGUCCGGCCACAGAAAUGCCUUGAAAUAAAAGUCUGAACUACACAGCCUGCUGUAUGUGCGAGUUUUACUUGGUUUUCGCGGUGAGGUUAUUCGAUCACCUAAGCCAGGGAGGCCCCGAUAGGCCAGCCGGGCCUUCAGGCCCGCCGCUGUUACCUCCGCCGUACGCCCUCUGCGGGCCCGCGGCACGGCCGCGGCUGGACCCUUCUGCGCAUGCGCCGCACCUCCCGGCUGUUCCCGCACUCCGGUUCCCAGUAUGCAGCGCGCCAAACAGGCUCGGAGCUCGGCGUCACCACGGGCUGUACUUGGCUCGAUCCUGUCCAAUCAGCGCCCGCGCGCGAUCUCGCGGCUCCGCGGCGCGGCGAGUUCGGGCGGGAAGCGGGAAGUGGCGGCGCGGCGUCCGUUGGGGUAGGCGGCCGCGGCCCGGCGUCCGUUCUGUUCGCUCCUUAAGCGAAAGGUGUUCCGGCGGCUUCCAGGCGCCAUGGACGCGGCGUGGAAUUGGGAGAGGGAGCAUCUCUGGCUCUACCUUUUGGCGCUGGGCUUCGAUCCGAAGGCUGCCGAAAGAGCUUCGGGCAUCAAACUGCACCUGGGACCGGCUGUAUUUGAUAAGCCGAACUACAGAGCCUUCCGCGUUAUUGCCCAGUUCUUGUUCACUAAGCUGGACAAGAAGCAGGCAGAAAACACCUUCAGAAACUGUGAGCUUCCAGCUGUAAAAACUGCAGAUUCUGAAUUCAGGAAACUGUGCAGCUCAUGGCUAAAAGAAAUUUCAAAUCAAGAGGGAAGUGGUGUUCCUCAAGUUGGAGCUUCUUUGUUUCUUUCGCCUACUGGUCAUAAAUUUAUUCAUCUAAUGUAUCAGUUUGCAAGAUAUGUAGUAGUUGAGAAUCUGAGAAAGAGCUCUGCAGACAGUGACAUACCUUUUGUUAAAGCUGUACGCUUCAGUUCCAAGGCUACGCAUGAGGCAGGUGAAAGAUGCAGAGUGGCACGUAAUGAACUUCUGCAGAUUUUACUGAGGAAGGAUUAUAUCAUCCGAAAAUAUGAGAAAACAUCCCAGCGUUUAAUUAAAGAAAUAAAACAAAUGAAAUCUGAAUAUGCGCACCUCCAGCAACAAUUGCAGAAGAUGAAAUCAAAGGAACGAAACAAUAGAGACAGUGCUGAGAGAAUUCAAAAGGUUCGUAGUAUGUGGACAUUGAUAAUGGAAACUUUUACAUCUCUGAAAAAGGAAAUGGAAAUUGUAGACUCUGUAUGUGAAGGUCGUGUUGAUCAGUACGUUUUCGAUGGAACUAACGUUGUUGUCAGUGUCCCACCUCUGUUGGUUGACAAAGUUGAAAAUGCAACACAAGAAGUGUGUACGGGAAACUUAUAUGAAGAUGAAAAGCUGAAUUUUUUAACAGUCAUUCAACUAUUAAAUGAAGCCCUAAGAAUUUUAAGAGAUGAAUGCUAUCAGUUUGACUCAAAAAACCACUUACAGCCCAUUGUGAAUAUGGCAAAGUCACAAAGUAAAAUGCUGUUGCGUUUGAAAGCACUGAGACUAAGAAUAGAAAAGCAGCACUUUAUUUUGAGUAAAUCAAAUUCUAGAAGGCAGAAAGAGUGGAUAAUGAAGUGGCAAAGCUCUCUUGGCUGGUCUUCACUCUGCAACCGGGAUUUAGAUCUUGAUGUGGUACAAGCUGUAUCAGAAGCAGAAGAAGAUUUUGAAGAUCAUAUCUUUUCUCAAAAUCCAGAAUCAGAUUCAGAUAUUCUAGACCUUUGGGAGAUAAGUUACAAGAACAGUGAAUCAACCACCAGCGUCUCAUCAUCGUUAACACCAACUAGAUGGUUCGCUUCAAAAUCUUCAGAGUUGUCAGAAACAUCUGAAAACAAAGACCUGUUAACUGAAAAGGACUUGCAUAUUGAACCAGACAGUGGGAAAGAAAAGCCUGUGCCUCCAAAGAUCUCAGAGGAUGGAAAAGAGGAGCUCAGCUUAUUAGAAUCAUGGGGAAACUCAGAAGGUCAUGUUACCCAGAGAGAUGCUCCUGUCGAAAAGAAAGAUGUUCUUGAGAAAGCUAAAGAAGAAUUGGCAGAAGAGAUUGCAAAAAUAAUGACAUCUGAGUCACCUCAGAGUGUUGGAGGAAGAGGAGUAGCAUCAGAUGAUCUUACUAGCUUUCUGGAUUUUGACCCGUUUUUGACAAGGAAACAAAUUCCCCGAACUCCAGAAAAUCUGCUUACUGAAAUUAGAAACUCAUGGAGAAAAGCUAUUCAGUCUGAAGACUUGUCAGAUGCAGAGCUGAUCUCAACUGAAGAAAUAAUAGAUGCUCCAGUGGAUGCUAGUCCUGCAAUUCAAGAUAAGGCAGCCAUUACUUUAGAUGGGGCUUCCUCUUCAUCUGCUGUAUCUAACUUUGAUUAUCCAUUGUCAGAACAAAAGUCUGAAGGAGGUUCUGCAAAAUUUAGAGCUCUAAAGCAGAUGAUAAGUCAAUUCAAUGAACCUAUGCUUUGGGAAGAAACAUCUGGGAUACUAGUGGGUAUGGACAGUGAUGAAGAAGAAUUAGAGCAUGCUGUUUCUGGAGAAAGUUUUAUAGGAAAAACGAAACAAUCACCGUGCAUAUAUGUAGAGAAGAGCUUGAAUACUCCAUGUAUUUCUUCAGAAGACAGUAGUAAAGAGAAUAUUCUGCCCUCAAAUCACCUUUUGGAUUUAGUGGAUAAAGAUCUGCAGUGGAAUGCGUCUCCAUUGUUAAGUUCUAACUGUUGUGAAGUUGAUGAUUUUGGGAUGCUACAUGAGACUACUCCAAAAGAGCUUAAUAGCAGAAGUUCUAAUAAAUUUGUGAUGUCUGAAUCUGGAUUUGAUUUUUUAGGCAGUAUAUUUAUACCAGAUAAUCCAUUAAAUCAAGGGAAUACUCAAAAUUUAAAGCCAAAUCUAGAUUCCCUGCUCAACAGAUACAGAAAACUGAAAAAAAGUGUAUGUGGAGAAGGACAGGAACUGCAUGAGAUGUUUCCUGGAGAUGAAUCUUUAAGUUAUUUCUCAGACCUGAGUCUUACUCCAGAAGAAGGAGAAAGAGAUGAUUUGCACGUAUCUGUAGAAUGCUUCAGCUUGGAUGAAGAGUUUACCAAGGUACAAUCACCAGUAUCUCUUCCUGACAAAAAUCCUUCCCUGCCAUCUUUGCUGGCCUUCUCUAAACACGUAGAAGAAGUGUCAUCAAAUAUUGAUGAAAUCCCAUUAGACCCGAUAAAUAAAUUGAAGGAUAAAGAGGAGUUGAAUGAGAAGCUGAGCACAAAGGAACCACCAUCGUUAUUGUAAAACUUGUAAAACAUACGAACAAUGAUAGUAUUAAAUUUAUGAUGCACUUGAGCGCUUCAUAAUUUCUCCAAGCACUGUCCAGAUGAUAAGUUGCACUCCUAUUUCUUGCCAAGCCUGUGUGCCAGAUUUCUUGUCAGUGUCAGUUGCUUGCCUUGGUCCCUUGCGUUUCAAGUCAUCUAUAGUAAUUUUCUGCGAACAACUCAAAACUUAUGUACAAAAUUAUAUAUUCCUUUGUAAACACAGCUUUGAAAAUAGCAGAUGUUGAGGAUGUUGUUUUUCCACUUUCUAAAAUUACAUAAAGUCUCAAAGGAAAAAUCGCAAAAUAUUUGGUGUCUCUAUCCUGCCCCUUUAAAAUAGUAAAUUAUUUGGUGCUCUGCCUAUACUGGAUUUUCUUCUCUUGAAACAUAUGGCCAAAUAUUAUCAUCAGUUUUCAGUGUUGAUAAAGACCCUUUAAUAAAUUUCUCCCACCGAAGUGGAAUUUUUAGUACAUUUCCUUUAGGCUUUGUACUAAAAUUUCAAAUUGAGGUUUCAAACUAUGAUUUCUGGUAGGGUUAAUGCUAUUUUAUUUUCAGACUGUAGAUGUUCCCUAGUAGAUUUAUAUAAAUCUGUACACUAUGCGUAAUGUAUACAUUUAUGUUCAUGACACUGCAGUGUAACUGACAAUAACAUUAUGACAGUCCAUUUCCAUGUCGAUAUAGUUGUGGUUGAACAGCUCGAGACUACAGCUAUCAGCUGUCUGAAAUAGGCUUGCUGUGUUGCUUGCAGACCUGAGUCUAGAGCUUGGUGGUGGUGACUUCACAAAGGCUUCCUAGGAAACUGACCCAAGUACUUGUGCCCUGGUCAGAAAAUGCUUGAAAGCAGGAACCACAGAGCUCUGGUCUGCUGGCAGAGGAGCUUGGUCAUGCAAGCCAGGGAAGGAGCUGAUCAGUUCAGAUGUGAUCUGACAGUAUGAUCUGCUUCUCAAAGUUCCUAGAUUUUUUUGACAUUAUUGUUUCAAGGGAUUGCUGCUGAAGAGGUUUUCUGCUCUAGAGCAUCUGUGGGAAAGACCUGAUCCAUAACUUUUUCUUACCAAACAUGCGUCCAGAGUCGCCUGUGCCUUUGCACUCAGUGCCAUCCUUGAAGACAUGCGUUUGUCAACUGUGCUCCUGUGGGUAUGUAAGAAUAAGGGGGAAGGAACUUGGAACGGGUUCCCUGCUAGCAAGAUACACUACUCAUUAGUGCUACAGAUAUUACUCACUGCUCUUUAAUUAUAAAUACUUUUUUCCAUAUGGGAUGUACUGAAUGAGUUAGUUCUUGGUUUUCUUCUUUCUUUUUCAUAGAAGUAUACAAAUGGCAAGGAGACUUCCCAUGUUUCUUUUUACGUGGAUUGCCUCUCUAAGAGGAGAGCAUUUAACUUUUUGGCCACAAAUCUGCUUUCAAAUACAUCUUUCAAAUACGUGUUACUAACUUUGAGUGCUUUAAAUUAGUGAAAGUGAUCCUUCCUCUGUAAAUGUGCAAAUUAUGAAAAAUGUGAGAACUUUGCAAAUAGAUGAGACUACUGAAAACAGCUAGAUUUGUUAGUACUUGUGUCUUUUGAAUGUAUGCAAACUCUUGAAUGCAAUAAGUAGCUUCAGGCCCUCUGACAUAAGAUCCAUCUUUUCAUGUUUGCAAGUUAAAAAAAAAAAAAAAAAAAAAGUGGGAAAAAAUAUUGACUCAUAACUUAAUUUGUUUUAAAGCUGUAAAAUUACAAAGAAGGAAUGUAUAAGAUGCCGAUACAGAGUUCAUGUCAGAUUGGAAUGUAUUACACAUAAUGAAUAAGAAAUGAAUAAUAAAUACAUGUACUCCAAAAAGAAAA